GGGGGGUCUUGGGGGGAUCGAGGGUCGGGGGGCACUGGAGCGGGAAGUUGUUGGACUUGAGACCCUGAGGCACCGAGCGUCCCCCGGUAGGAGAUUCUACUGUUCACGGUACACCCGGUAGGCCUACUACUCUCAUUCAGGAAGCACGGCUUGGAAGUCUGACACAAUGGCGUCUCCAGCUGCUGGUGGUGGUGGUGGGGUUGGUGACGGAGGCUCCGGGCUCCGGGUCCACGCGGUGCGCUUCGGCCCGGGCCAAGAGCUGCUGGGGGGGCUGCAGGCCUUCGUGGAGGAGAGGGGUCUCCACGCCCCCUUCGUCCUCACCUGCGUGGGCAGCGUAACCAAGGCAACGCUACGGCUGGCCAACGCCAGCGCCGAGAAUACCAAUGAGGUGCUCCAGCUGAACGAGCGCUUCGAGAUCGUGUCCCUGGUGGGCACCCUGAACCCCCCCGCCCACCUGCACGUGUGCCUGGCGGACCGGGCGGGCCGGACAGUGGGGGGCCACGUGCUGGGGGGCCUGGAGGUGUUCACCACGGCCGAGGUGGUGCUGGGGGAGGCCCCUGGGCUCCUCUUCGACCGCCAGAUGGACCCCGCCACCGGCUUCCCCGAGCUGGUGGUCCGGCCCGGCCCCGGUGGGGUGGAGGGUUAGGGGGGGGGCGGCGGCCUCCUGCCGGGGGCCCACGAGCAAGGCGCUGGUCUAACGUCGCCCGCUCCCAGAAUGCACCUCUGCCAAGCCGUCGAUUGAGUCUGAAUGAGUUGAAGGAGACGCUUCUGGUUCCAGCUGAUCGAUGGAGUGUUUAAGGGCCGCCCUUAGUCCGUAGCCCUUAGCCCUUAGCCCUUAGCCCUUAGCCCUUAGCCCUUAGCCCUUAGUGUCGGCCUCUGUAGGUGCCUCAGAGAGACGGGAUGUCGUCUUUGUGGAGAGAGAGGUUGUCUUUGUGGAGAGAGAGGUCAAGAGGCACCGAGACACAGAAAGCGGCUCAUUGAACCGUUGGUGCUGUACGUACGGUCGUUCAAUAAACCAUUCAUACCGUCA